CUGGAGGCUGAGGGGGCGGAGAGGCCGGGCGGGCCGGGGCUGCGGGCUAGGGAGCGCCCGGCGGACAGGGGGCGGAGUCGGAGCCGGAGCUGGAGCCGACGCGCGGCAGCCGCCCUCGGACCUGGGAGCCUGUGCGCUGCCCGCGAUUCGCCCCCUGAGGAGCCGAGAAAGAUUGUGCAAUGAAUGGUGAUACUCAGGCCGCAGUGGUGACCUCACCACCCCCGACCACAGCCCCGCACAAGGAGAGGUACUUUGACAGGGUGGAUGAGAACAAUCCGGAGUACUUGCGAGAAAGGAACAUGGCACCGGACCUCCGCCAGGACUUCAAUAUGAUGGAGCAGAAGAAGAGAGUGUCCAUGAUCCUGCAGAGCCCUGCUUUCUGUGAAGAGUUGGAAUCAAUGAUACAGGAACAGUUUAAGAAGGGGAAGAAUCCCACGGGCCUGUUGGCAUUACAGCAGAUUGCAGAUUUUAUGACUACGAACGUACCGAAUGUCUAUCCUGCAGCUCCACAAGGAGGGAUGGCUGCCUUAAACAUGAGUCUUGGUAUGGUGACUCCUGUGAAUGACCUAAGAGGAUCUGACUCCAUCGCUUAUGACAAAGGGGAGAAAUUAUUGAGAUGUAAGCUGGCAGCAUUUUACCGACUGGCAGAUCUCUUUGGAUGGUCUCAGCUUAUCUACAAUCAUAUCACAACCAGAGUGAGCUCCGAGCAGGAACAUUUCCUCAUUGUUCCCUUUGGACUUCUCUAUAGUGAAGUGACUGCAUCCAGUUUGGUUAAAAUCAAUUUACAAGGAGAUGUAGUAGAUCGUGGAAGUACUAACCUAGGAGUAAAUCAAGCUGGCUUCGUGUUACACUCUGCCAUUUAUGCUGCGCGACCAGAUGUGAAGUGUGUUGUGCAUAUUCAUAUACCAGCAGGAGCUGCGGUCUCUGCGAUGAAAUGCGGCCUCUUACCAAUCUCCCCAGAGGCACUUUCCCUUGGAGAAGUGGCUUACCAUGAUUAUCAUGGGAUUCUGGUUGAUGAGGAGGAAAAAGUAUUAAUUCAGAAAAAUUUGGGGCCUAAAAGCAAGGUUCUUAUUCUCCGGAAUCACGGGCUGGUGUCUGUCGGAGAGAGCGUUGAGGAGGCCUUCUACUACAUACAUAACCUGGUGGUCGCAUGUGAGAUCCAGGUUCGAACUCUGGCCAGUGCAGGAGGGCCAGACAAUUUAGUCCUCCUGGAUCCUGGCAAGUACAAAGCCAAAUCCCGUUCCCCGGGGUCACCCGCAGGGGAGGGCACCGGCUCACCUCCCAAGUGGCAGAUUGGCGAGCAGGAGUUUGAAGCCCUCAUGCGGAUGCUCGAUAAUCUGGGUUACAGAACUGGCUACCCUUACCGAUACCCUGCUCUGAGAGAGAAAUCUAAAAAACAUAGCGAUGUGGAGGCUCCUGCGAGUGUCACAGGUUACUCUUUCGCUGGUGACGGGGACCCAGGCACUUGCUCCCCUCUCAGACACAGUUUUCAGAAGCAGCAGCGGGAGAAGACAAGAUGGCUGAGCUCUGGCCGAGGUGACGAUGCUUCCGAGGAGGGGCAGAAUGGAAGCAGCCCCAAGUCGAAGACUAAGGUGUGGACGAACGUUACACACGAUCGCGUGAAACCCUUGCUGCAGUCUCUCUCGUCCGGUGUCUGCGUGCCAAGCUGUAUUACCAACUGCUUGUGGACUAAAGAGGAUGGACAUAGAACCUCCACCUCUGCUGUCCCUAACCUGUUUGUUCCAUUGAACACUAACCCCAAAGAGGUCCAGGAGAUGAGAAACAAGAUCCGAGAGCAGAACUUACAGGACAUUAAGACGGCUGGCCCCCAGUCCCAGGUUCUGUGUGGUGUAGUGAUGGACAGGAGCCUAGUCCAGGGGGAGCUGGUGACAGCCUCCAAGGCCAUCAUUGAGAAGGAAUACCAGCCCCAUGUCAUCGUGAGCACCACAGGCCCCAACCCCUUCAAUGCGCUCACCGACAGAGAGCUAGAAGAGUACCGCAGGGAGGUGGAGCGGAAGCAGAAGGGCCCGGAAGAGAAUCUGGACGAGACCAGAGAACAGAAAGAAAAGAGCCCUCCAGAGCACGCUGCUGCCCCCCACACCCCCCCCAGCACCCCUGUCAAGCUUGGGGAAGACCUGCCACAGGAGCCCAUUUCCGGAGAGGACAGUGAUGCUGCCACCUUCAAGCCAACUCUCCCCGACCUGUCCCCUGAUGAGCCUUCAGAAGCGCUCGGCUUCCCCACCUUGGAGGAGGAGGAAGAGGAGGGGGAGGCACUCAGUGAAGCCCGCGAGCCUCCCAGCCCCACCGGUUCCCCCGUGGCGGCCAGCCCUGAGCCAGCCUCAGCCCAGGUGGCCGAAGAGGCUGCCUCCCCAGCUGCCGAGGAGGGGGCUGCCGUGGACCCUGGCAGCGAUGGAUCUCCGGGCAAGUCCCCUUCCAAAAAGAAGAAGAAAUUCCGCACCCCCUCCUUUCUGAAGAAGAGCAAGAAGAGGAGUGACUCCUGAAGGCCCGUCCUGCACACACCAAUGCCACCAGACUGUCCCCGAUUGUGUCUCAUGUUCUGUCUUCUUGUGUAACGGAAUGCAAACAGCCCGUCCCUCCACAUAGCUAGAGCUCCCCUCACGGCGUGACCAAAUCCCCACGUAGACCGGUGCUAACCUCCUGGGCGUGUGCGGCGGGUGCUGGGAGAGACGAGCCUCCACGGCCCCUCAGCGUCCACCGUGCCCUUCUGGGACCUGCACCUCAGGGGCCGGGCUCUCCCCCGGGGCUGCACGUCCUGCUUCUGGCUGGACACUUGGAGGCCCUGCCCACCCUGGCCUUGCCCUCCCUCCUGUUGUGCAGUACCCCAUGCUGUGUGUGUGCUAGGCUCCCCUUCAUCCCCAGGCCUCAGGUGACCGAAUCAGACUGGGAGCUUCCUGCUGGCAUUACCUGCUCUGUGAUCUUUGUUCGCAGCUAGAGCCUCAGUCUUGGGAAAGCACUCCGUGCCUGCCAGCAGUCCAGGGUAUCCUGAUGGCCUUUGAGAAGCGAGUUUGGGCUGAGCCGGGGACCUAGCAGCAAAGGGCUGGGUAUACCUGACAUGCCUUGUGCAUGGUCUGAUUGCCCUGAGGCCGGAAACAAAGGUAAGGGGCCCCCAGUUUCUCACUCACUGGGGUCUCUAGAUUUCUCCUGUCAUGGGGAAGAUACAUUAAGAGGGGGAAGAGUCCUUUCUAGAAUUUUCUUUCAGAUUUGCAAUUCAUCCUACGUUUUUGACCAUGAACAUGAAUUGGCCACUUUUUGCUUUAGUUUUCUCCCUACAGCCUGCCACUGAGUGCAGCAAAAUGCACUUCACUGAUUUGGGCGGGGGCUUGGAACUGAGAAGGGAUCUCCUCUUUAACUCAGCCUGAAAACAUCUCCUGGUUUUGGGAAAGGGUAGCUCAAGGUAGAAGGGGACCCAGUGGUCUCUCCCCAACUUCUUACACUAGUCAUUCAUGGAGCCAUGCCUGGCUCUCCUUGUUGGACGUCGUAAAUUUCCACUGAGAUUCCUAAAAAAUCACGUGAAGCUGCUUAGUGGGAAUUAGUGGGUGACCCAUUCCAGGGGCCACCUGGUGCCAGCCUGACCAGGCACUGGCAAGCCUCCUCCUCGCACAUGGGGAGGGGCCCCUGGUGGACCUGGUGCCAGACCUGGGCCCCACGCUCCUGCCCCCAAGCAGGACCUGAGACUGGCUGCAUGGCGCUGACCGCUGCUUUAAGCUUUCUGGCGACGCUCUUCUCUGGUGUAUCAUGUUGUUGCCACAGUGGUGUUCAGGUUCUCUGCCCUCGCCCUGUCCUCCAGUUAACCAUGGACUGUAGCCCUUCCUUUUGUCCCACAUAUGCAAUGACUUUCAUUUCACUUUUGUAGUUUAUUUUAACUCUUUGUAUCACAACAUGAAGUUUAGUCGCAUAUAUGGACACAGGCUUGGGAGGACGGGUCCUGUGUCCUUCACUGUAACAUGUUUUACUCACAAAUAAAAUUCUUUAAGCAGUUUCUUUGUCUAAACUUGGAAA